AUGGCUGGUUUCAAAGUGUCCCCCCUUGGCCUCACUGGCAAAUCGUUACAACUGGCCCAAAUUGUGCUUAUCGUGGCCCCAGCAUUCAUCCUCUUCGGUUACAAUCAGUCGGGCCUAGGACCACUGGCCACCCUGGAAAGCUGGGUCAAUACCUUUCCGGAGAUAGACACGGUCAACACCACAGGUGCACAAGCAUCCCAUAAUUCCACCAGCAAGGGUGUAGUCAUUGCAUCGUUUCAGAUCGGUGCCCUGAUCGGGGCCUUCUCCUGCAUGUUUAUUGGAGACCGCCUGGGCCGCAGGAAGACAGUCUUUGUGGGCUCGGUCCUGACCAUCAUCGGCCAGGUCUUGCAGGUGGCUGCCUUUGGGUUGAUCCAGUUUGUCAUCGGCCGCAUUCUUCUGGGUGUCGGUGUGGGUCAGUUCAGUAUCGCCGUGCCGAUCUGGCUGUCAGAGUGCUCGGAAGCCAGCCGGCGAGGCCGUCAUGUUAUCCUGGCGGGUAUUUUCAUGUGUCUGGGCUAUGCCCUUUGCAACUGGCUGGACUUUGCCUUCACCUUCCUGCCCUACUCAAAUCUGCAGUGGCGGAUUCCGCUAGUUCUCUCCCUCGCUCCAUCUCUUGUCAUUUCUAUAUGUGUCUUUCUCGUUCCGGAAUCUCCCCGCUGGCUCGUGCGAGUGAACCGUACAAGUGAGGCUUUGGCCUCCCUUGCCGCAUACAAGGGCGUCCCUGAAACCGAUGAGGCUGUCACGGCUGAGAUUCAUGGGAUCCAGUCCUCCCUGGAAACCAGUGACAAACAAGUUUCUCUUGUGGAUAUCCUCAUUCGUCGAGACGACCAGGACCGUCUGCUGUACCGGUUUUUACUUUGCAUCGUUCUGCAGUUCUUCCAGCAGAUGUGUGGCGGCAAUCUGAUCUCGGUAUACGCAUCCACGAUCUUCGAAGACAAUCUGGGCAUGUCUGCCAAUUUAGCGAAGAUCCUAGCGGCCUGCGCCCUCACGUGGAAGUUCCUCUGUUGUUUCAUUGCAUUUUUCUGCAUCGACCGCCUGGGUCGCCGGACCGUCUUCAUCAUCAGUGGCGCUGGGAUGAGUCUUUGCAUGGCUGCGUUGGCGGUCACCACCAACUUUGGCACCAGCAACAAAGGGGCAUCUAUUGCAUCCGCCACGUUCAUCUUUCUGUUCAACCUAUUCUACCCGAUCGGCUUCCUCGGAGGCAAUUUUCUCUACUGUACUGAAGUGGCGCCCAUCCAUCUGCGUACUGCCAUGAACUCGGCGUCCACCGCGAACCACUGGCUGUGGAAUUUCGUGGUGGUCAUGAUCACGCCGGUAGCAUUGGAUACGAUCGGAUACCGCUACUACAUCAUCUACGCCAUAAUCUCGGCUGGCAUCCCCAUCAGCGUCUUCUUCUUCUAUCCGGAGACCAUGAAUCGCAACCUGGAACUGCUAAACCAUGUGUUCCGGGACGCUCCCACCCCGUGGAAGAUCGUGUCCAUGGCCCGUCGCCAGCCUCAAGGAGAGGUCACGGAGGCGGAACUCUUUCAGGGAGACCGAGAGAAGCAAGACGUCGAGUUUGAGGAGAGAGAGCAUGUCUAA